AUGCCACAGACCAAUUCGCAGGUCGCAGACACGGAGGCAGCGCCCGGGCUCCAGUCGCGCAUGGCGUCGGCGUUUGCUGGUGCUAUUGUCACAUCACUGCUUAUGACACCGUUCGACGUAGUCAAGACACGGCAGCAAUCACAGACACUUGUUACCAAGCAGCCUUUGCCUCAGGUACAGCGGCGGCCAACAAAUUACUGGGUGCCGAGGAAUGCACGGCCACAGCAAAUGGAGCUUGUGUUCAAGCGGUUGUGUGCACCCAGCACAGCCGGCGUUAUAGGAGCAGAGUCGGCAAGCCUGAGAACCUCGGCGUCAUUGUGCCUGUGUUCAGAUGCGCUUGUGUUCGAUGCUCAGGGGCGGCCGGUGGAUGUGGGGCAGAGCUGGGAUCAUCCGGAGCAGCGCAUCUGCAUGCGAGGGAAGCGCGGCGGCAGCGCAGGCAAGGCGGGGCUCUGGAAGCGGCUCGGCUUCACACCCAAGAUCGAGCGGGUGGCAGGCGAGCGGAUCACCAGGAACACUGGCGGGAAUGCAACACAUUGCCCGGACCGAAGGUGUGCGGAACGCUGUGGCGGUCCAUCGACCAUGAUAUAUUUUGUCGGCUACGACUACCUGCGGUCGUGGAUGGGAGCCAGGAUGAAGGCCAGCGCGAUGCUUUCUCCAUACGAGCAAUUCGCGUCUCUGUUUGCCGGCUGCAUAGCGCGCACAGCGGCUGCAUCGGUGAUUUCGCCGCUGGAGCUGGUACGCACACGUAUGCAGUCAUCAGCAACCCACGACCUGCGCACGGUGAUGCGCGGGGUUUCGUCAGAGAUCGGACAUAGCGGGCUGGGGACGCUGUGGCGCGGGCUGGUGCCGACGCUGUGGCGCGACGUGCCGUUCUCAGCGAUCUACUGGUUCGGCUACGAGCAGUGGAACCAUCGUGUGUUUGCACCGAUCUUCGAUGGCCGCCAGCACAGCAGUGGUGCGUCGGAUACGCUGACCCGGCUGAUGACGUCGUUCUGCUCGGGCGCUGCGAGUGGGAUUGUGGCAGCCAUUAUCACCACGCCCAGCAUGCUAAGCCCGAAAUCACAUGUCUCACAGCACCGGACCUUUGCCAGCAUGCUACGUCAUAUUGCACCGCGUCUGAUGAAGAUUGCGCCGUCGUGUGCGAUCAUGAUCUCGUCGUAUGAGCUGGGCAAGAUAGUGCUGUCAAAGUAGACAUUUUAUAUAAUAGACUUCAAUCAAGAUGUUGCCUAGACUUCGGCGUCGCUGG